UUAAUUAGUCUUUGGAUUUCAAGAGAGAAGGGCGAGGCAAACUUUGACGAGGGCAGGAUUUUUACUUGAGCAAUGCCUUUUUUGAAAAGGUUUAGAAAAAAAAGAAACAAUAAUGGCAAUGGCAAUCAAUCAAGAAAUCAGAAACCAGACAGCAAUGAAGAGUUCUUUGAGUCCCAAGCUGCCGAAUUUGUACCUAACAUGGGCGUAGAACUGGACAAGGAAAUUGUUGAAAAAAAACGAGACAAUGUCAAUGAGCCAAAGACACCAGACAGCAAUGAAGGGUUCUUUGAGUCUCAAGCUGCCAAAUUUGUAUCUAAGAUGGGCAUGGAACUGGACAAGGAAAUUGUUGAAGUUACACUGAAUAUGGAAGAAUUUCCUGGCGGUGAACGGCAAAUCAUGCAAGAUGCAAAUAAGAACAGGGUGGUAACAAAAGAAGGAAUUAGAGUUAAUAGAGUUGAUUUUGGAACAUAUUUUCAUGGCUUUGGCUUGAGGAAGAAUGAUGUCAUCUUCUUACUGAAUGGUCACCCAAUAAUUUCAGAAGCUUCGGUGAACAUGAAUCUACUACGCAUAAUAAAUAGUAGUUUUAAUAGCAAAUUGUACAUGAAAUUAUUCAGAGCAGGCGCAAUGUCAUCAGUGGUAAACACAGAGCGGCCGGAGCCAUCAGUGCUAAAUUUAAUCGCAGAGUCGUCAAUGGUAAACGCAGAAUCAUCAGUGGUAAACACAGAGCGGCCAGAGCCAUCAGUGCUAAAUUUAAUCGCAGAGUCGUCAAUGGUAAACGCAGAAUCAUCAGUGGUAAACACAGAGCGGCCAGAGCCAUCAGUGCUAAAUUUAAUCGCAGAGUCGUCAAUGGUAAACGCAGAAUCAUCAGUGGUAAACACAGAGCGGCCAGAGCCAUCAGUGCUAAAUUUAAUCGCAGAGUCGUCAAUGGUAAACGCGGAAUCAUCAGUGGUAAACGCGGAGCGAUCAACGGUAGACGAGACGGUAAUUUUGGACAAUAAAGGUAUGCAAUUUUGGCGGGUUUUCGGGUCACCAACUGACUAACACAUCCUUUCCUUCCAGCCUGAUUGUUAUACUUAACAUUCUUCAAAUUUUGCAUAGUGAAAUAAGUUAAAUAAUCAAUUUGCAUGUGCCAUGUGGGAACACCACGUACAUUUGUUUAGAGCAAAGUUUUCCUGGCCUUCAUCAUUGCAAAUACUUAAUAAAAGAAAAUAAAAACUGAAAAUAAACUGAACUGAAUCUGAACUGAUGAAGGCCAGGGUUAACGGGCUUUGAACUAAAC